AUGCUGAAAAGUCUCCUCCCCAGUCUUCGCGACGUGCGAGAGCCACCGCCAAAGUCAAGAUCCUCACACAUCUCUGGCUUAAAUCACUCACCAACAUCUUCGUCUUCCGUUGACGACGCCGCCGAUAACACCGCCGACGAAGAAGACUCCGAAGACUACUGCAAGGGCGGCUACCACCCCGUCCAGGUCGGCGAGAAGUUCAAAGAUGGCAAAUACACCGUCGUUCGGAAACUGGGCUGGGGCCACUUCUCAACAGUUUGGCUGUCGCGUGACAACGUCACCGGAAAGCAUGUCGCCCUGAAGGUCGUCCGCUCAGCGGCUCAUUACACCGAAACAGCCGUCGACGAGAUCAAGCUCCUCAACAAGAUCGUGCAGGCCAACCCCGACCACCCGGGCCGCAAACACGUCAUCAGUCUCUUGGACUCCUUUGAGCACAAGGGUCCCAAUGGUACACACGUGUGCAUGGUGUUUGAAGUCCUGGGCGAGACCCUGCUCGGCCUCAUCAAGAAGUGGAAUCACCGCGGCAUUCCCAUGUACUUGGUGAAGCAGAUCACGAAGCAGGUGCUGCUGGGUCUGGACUACCUCCACCGCGAGUGUGGCAUCAUCCACACGGACCUCAAGCCCGAGAACGUUCUUAUCGAGAUUGGCGAUGUCGAGCAGAUUGUACAAAAGGUCGUUAAGACCGAAUCUUCAGAUAAAGAAAGCAACCGCAAUGGUCGCCGGAGGAGACGCACUCUCAUCACGGGCAGCCAGCCGCUGCCCUCGCCAUUAAACGCCAGUUUCGGGCAUAACUCGCCUUUUGCCCCGCCAAGCUCACACGGCAGCCUCGGCCAGAUGCUUCACGACUCCUCCUCCCACACCCACAAGAAGGACUUCUCCUCAUCAGAACACGAUACGGACCAUCAUCAUAAGGCUGAAUCGAUCGAAGAGCUCCAGAAGAAGCGGGAAAAGACAGAAGACAUCCUGGCCAAGGAAGUGUCUGGUGUCAGCCUCGGCAAAACCCCAUCACAGUCUUCUUCGAGCAGCCCAUCCAGCUCCGGCGACAAACGGAAAGCCGAAGAGUUCAGUAUCGAUGUCAUCAGCGUCAAGAUUGCUGAUCUUGGCAACGCUUGCUGGGUCAACCACCACUUUACCAACGAUAUCCAGACCCGCCAAUACCGUUCCCCAGAGGUCAUCCUGGGUGCCAAAUGGGGCGCCAGCACAGAUGUCUGGAGCAUGGCAGCGAUGGUCUUCGAGCUCAUCACGGGCGACUACCUCUUCGAUCCGCAGUCCGGCACCAAGUACGGCAAGGACGACGACCACAUUGCACAGAUCAUCGAGCUUCUCGGCCCCUUCCCCAAGUCGCUCUGUCUCUCGGGCAAGUGGUCACAGGAGAUUUUUAACAGAAAAGGCGACCUGCGCAACAUCCACCGCCUCCGCCACUGGGCCCUGCCCGAUGUGCUGCGCGAAAAGUACCACUUUAAGGAUGAAGAGGCCCGGCGCAUUGCCGACUUCUUGCUCCCGCUCCUCGAACUCGUACCGGACAAGCGCGCCAAUGCCGGCGGCAUGGCCUCCCACCCGUGGCUUGAAGAUACACCCGGCAUGCACUCGGUUGCCAUUGACGGUAUCCCUGUGGGAAGCCGAGGCGAGGGCAUAGAGGGGUGGGCUACCGAGGUGCGGAAACGAUAG